CGCCGCCACGAACACUCCCGAUACAAAAAAUAAAAAGGGGACCUUCGCUGUGCGUCUGGAACUUAGGGAAUGAGCGACACAUAUUUUCGAAGCCGAGUGGUAGUAAAAAACACAUUAUUCCGAGUGUUUCUGAAUGACUGAACCAUGAGUUGUCUGAAAUAAAAAGAAAUAAUAAUAUCUGCAAUCGAAAAUGUAGAAAUGCAUAAGUAAAGGAAAGUGCUAGCAAUUACCAUUUCAUUAACGAAUCAUAGGAAAUGAAAGUGAGAAUCGAUGGCCUGUAAUGCGCACCCUUUUCAUGUUUCAGAAAACGUCCGAUAAAAGCUCAAAUACCACUCUUAACCGGCUGUGUUGACUCAUUUACAUGGAUACAGAAUUGUUUUCGAAGCCAUCUGUGACGAAGGAUUUCAUCUGGGUGUAACAGUGAUAUUCCCACGCUUGGUUGCUAAGUUUACCACAUAAUACUAGGAAAAUAAUCUGUGGAAAAGAGAGAAAAAGAGAGAAGGAAAAAAAAAUAUUAGUGUGAACUCGCCUGAGGCACAGGUGUAGGUGCGCUCGUUCGGUCGAGGUGACUUUGGCGAAUAUCCCAGCGGCUUUGGAUACACGUGUGGCGAGGCGUCCCCAGCAAAAUGAUGGUGGCCGGGGAGAAGGUGGCGGUCUUCCGCAGUAACAGCGACACCCGCAGGAACUCCCGCAGACAAAGGUUCAGGAACUUCUCGCUGAGAUGCCGCCGGAUGGCCUGGGAUGAGGAAGGCGUGAGCAUCGGCGCCCCGCGGUCGUCCUCCCUCCGCCAUUCCAAGACCAACGGCUCCACCCACACGUCCCUCGAGUCCCGCCCCUCCACCGGAGAGCCGCCCCCGAAGAAGUCCAACUGGGAAGUGAUCGAGCACUACAGCAAGUCCGGCCUCGUGGGCGUGUCGAGUCCCAAGAGUCCCCCCGAGGAGGAGCAGGCCAAGGAGGAGGAGGAGAGCAUCCUGCUGGAGACGGCGAAAUGGUGGGACAUGUGCGCGCUGUGCCGCCGCAUCUUCCGGUCGCACCAGUUCAAGAACAUCCACGUGGAGGUGCUCUACCAGAGGUACUUCCUGCGGAUGAACCAGUCGAACAUGACGUCACUGCUUGGCCUGCUGAUCGUGGUCAUGCUGGCCAUGCUCUGCCUCAUCUACUUUCUCGAGCCAGGAAAAUACAACACGCAGAGCAUCACCAUCGCCGUGUUCUGCGCGCUCUACGUCGUUCUCGAGAUCCUGCUGUGGCGAACACAGCUGCUGAACGAGGUCUAUCUCAUCAUCUUCUCAUACCUCGUCCUCAUCUCCUUCUUCGGGCUGGAGGCGCUCAUGACCCUCGGCAGUGAGCCCCUCACAGCCUCCGCCGGCGUCUGGGCGACGCUCUUCUUCAUAUACAUGACCUACACGCUCCUGCCGCUGCGGGUGCUGGAGGCCACCGCCGGGGGCGUCCUCCUGUCCGUCGCCCAGAUCGGGUGCGCCGCCGCAGCCAACGCCGCGCAGCCUUUCCUCUGGAAACAGCUCGUGUGCAACGGGAUGCUCUUCGCGUGUGUGAACGUGGCGGGUUUGUUCACUCACUACCCCGGAGAGGCGGCGCGGAGACAGGCGUUCAUCGAGACCCGUCAGUGCAUCUCCGCCAGGAUGAACACGCAGCGCGAAAAUCAGCAACAAGAACGUCUUCUGCUGUCUGUUCUGCCGAGACACGUGGCUAUGGAAAUGAAAUCUGACAUCGCGGUCAUCCCGAAGGACACCAUGUUCCAUAAGAUCUACAUCCAGAGACACGAUAAUGUCAGCAUCCUGUUUGCGGACAUCUGCGGCUUCACAACGCUGUCCGACCAGUGUACGGCCGAAGAGCUCGUUCGGUUGCUCAGCGAACUCUUUGCCAGGUUCGACCGACUGGCGGCGGAACACCACUGCCUCAGGAUCAAGCUACUCGGAGACUGCUACUACUGCGUCAGUGGUCUCCCCGAGGCCAGAGAAGACCACGCCCACUGCUGCGUCGAGAUGGGACUGGAUAUGAUCGAGGCCAUUGCACUGGUGCGCGAAGUCACAGGCGUCAACGUGAACAUGCGCGUGGGGAUUCACUCGGGGCGCGUCCACUGCGGCGUCCUCGGCCUCAGGAAGUGGCAGUUCGACGUCUGGUCCAAUGACGUCACGCUCGCCAACUACAUGGAAUCUGGGGGGAUCCCUGGGCGGAUCCACGUGACCAAGGAGACCCUCGGCUACCUCCGCGGGCACUAUCGCGUCGAACCUGGCAACGGAGGAGAGAGGAACCACUACUUGAAGAGCCAGAAUAUCGAGACGUUCCUCAUAGUGCCUGACGAAGAGUAUCGGGAUUACAACGUGAAGAAGACCUCGAUGUAUAGCAUGAACGGCAGCGUCAGCAAGGAGAUGAGAAUGAUCGGGCACGCGGACCACACCAAGCAGAACACCAACAUUCAUACCAAGCUCGGCCUCAGCGACUCCUCCGAUAGCAAGAACACAGACGACGAAGUGAACGACUACCUGGCCCGUGCCAUUGACGCUCGCUCCAUCGACCGCCUCAGAAGCGAGCACUGCAAGAGGUUCCUUCUCUCGUUCCGCAAGUCUGAUGUCGAGGAAAAGUAUUCCAAGGAGAGGGACAAGAUGCUGCCGAGUUACUUCAUCAUCUCGUGGUUCACUAUCAUUUGCAUAUUUGCGGUCCAGAUCAUCAUCAUCCCAAGAUUCGCCGGAUCAAUCGGAGUGUUCCUGGUGGGUACAGCGGUGACGUCACUGGUGGUGGUUCUCGUCCUGGCGGAGAAGUGCGAGUGCAUGCCCGAGCAGGUGAAGAAGAUGAGUUCAGCAGUUGCCAGCAGUCGGACCGUCAGCCAGAUGCUCGCCUGCUUCGUGGUCCUCAUACUCUUCCUCUGCUCAAUCACGUCCAUGUUCCUUCUGGAUCUGGAGAGUUACCGCGACUGCAGCCUCCUCUCGGGCGAAAACAUAACCAACCUGACCCUCGACGACGUCAACCGCACCUCCUCCUCGGGCGGGGUGGCGGACGGACUCACCCUCCAGGCUCCCGAAGUCAUUUCCCUCAAGGAGCAGCUCAACGUCACCCUGGGAGACGAAAACAACGCCUGCCACCAGGGACCAACCACGCACUUCCCGGAUUACUUCACCUUCUGCGUGCUGGUGGUGAUGGUGUCCUGUGCAGUGUACCAGCUCAUCUUCUGCAUCAUUAAGCUCCUGCUCCUGGUCGCCAUCUGCGUCGCGUAUCUGUCCAUGGUCCUCUUCACGCACGGCUCCCUCUUUGAUAAUCAGGAUGCUCUUCUUCUGAUGAGUAAAGGGGACGGAGAAGUCUUCAUCUCACGGUACGUCACAGUAGCAGUUCUGAUAGGAUUUACUAUCGCCUUCUUCAUCCAUGCUCAACAGACAGAGGCUACGUCCAGACUAGACUUCCUCUGGAAAUUGCAGGCUCAUGAAGAGAAAGAUGAAAUUGAGCAUCUUCAAGCCUAUAACAGGAAACUGAUAGCUAACAUUCUACCAGAACAUGUUGCCGUUCAUUUCCUGUGCACAGACAGAGCACCAGAUGAACUUUACCAUGAAGAAUGUGAAAGUGUCUGCAUCUUAUUUGCUUCCAUCCCAAAUUUCUCUGACUUUUAUGUUGAACUUGAGUCCAAUAAUGAAGGUGUAGAAUGUCUGCGGCUUCUCAAUGAAAUCAUAGCAGACUUCGACGAGCUUCUUGAAGAGGAACACUUCAAGUGGAUUGAAAAAAUAAAAUCCACUGGCGCCACUUACAUGGCAGCUGCUGGACUCACAAAAUCUACUAGGGAUUUGAAAAGUUUCCGUCACGUGACAGCUAUGGCUGACUAUGCUCUGCGGAUAAGAGACCAACUGGAGUAUGUAAAUGAACAUUCCUUUAAUAACUUCAAAAUAAGAAUAGGUAUAAAUAUAGGCCCUGUUGUGGCUGGAGUUAUAGGUGCUAGAAAGCCCCAGUAUGACAUAUGGGGAAAUGCAGUUAAUGUAGCGUCAAGAAUGGAUUCAACGGGUGAGCUAGAUAAAAUACAGGUAACCCAAGAGGUGUACCAGAUUUUACACAAGAAGGGAUAUCCAUUAUCCUGUAGAGGAACUAUAAAGGUGAAAGGAAAAGGAGACAUGAUAACGUACUUCCUCAAUGGUCGAAGCCACGACAUCAUUGAAGAAGACUGUUCGAGCUCGGGGACGAAGGAGGCGGCUGCUGAGAACCAUACAUAGGGGAAAACACUAAGAGGAGCUGUGCUGGUGUUGGGAAUCACACACACACAUACACACAUAUACACAGCCAUACUCAGUUGAGGGGAAAUUGAAGCAAACAGAGUAGGACAUUCACAGAGAAGUAGUGGGGGUAGUGAUUUUUAUGCUCUUUUUGUCAUUUUUCUACACAGUAUUAUAAAGGUUAUUUAGAGAAUUUUUGUAACAUUUUUUAGUUUCAUAUCUUCAGGGAGUAAAUUUUUUUUUGGUUAUGUUAGGUAAAACAUUUUUUGCAUAUAUUGUAAACUGUAGUGUAGCAAUAAUAAUGAUACUGGUUUUACUUUUCUUUUAAAUUCACACACACACACACACACACACACACACACACACACACACACACACACACACACACACACACACACACACACACACACACACACACACACACACACACAUGCACACACACACACACACACAUAAAAAAAAAAAAAAUGUAGAUAUGCUCACAUCCACACACAAUCACAGACAUAGAUAUAUAGCCAUAUAUCACUUUUCUAACUUCAGAGUUUACAUAAUUAUUUCUGUAAAAUAUUAUGGCAUUUGCAAUUUUUCUGUGAUUUUGAUAUUGACAUUUUUGUUAUCAUUUUUCCAUAGCUACAGGCUGAAUGGAGCAUUUCUUGAGUAAUAUAUCUAGUCAAAAUAAUAUCUUGCAUUUGAAAUUUAUAAAUAGGUUGCAUUGCAUCUUUUCACAUACACACAAACACACACACACACACACACACACACACACACACACACACACACACACACACACACACACACACACACACACACACACACACACACACACACACACACACACACAUACACACACACACAAAAAGGUAAAAUGAAAAGGAAUGGUUCUUCGGUGACCUACAGUAGCAUGAGGGCAACAGUCUAUCAUCCAAUAUAAUGUGCAGCAUCUGUAGGAGUAGUAAGGAAUCUUCUGAGCUGUGGCACAGAGACCAUACAUGUAGUAAAUGUGUACUUGAAUCUCAUGUAACUGUAUCACAGCCUCGUGUAUCAUAGAUUUGUCUCUUACCAUGACACAUUUGUUGCAAUAUACAUACCUGACCUUAUCUACUUGUAUGCUGUGAAUGCCUUGAUUUGUUUUAUGGAGAAGAAAAUGUCUUUAUGAGAUUGCAAGAUGUAUAUUUAUAUUCUAUGGUUGUGAUACUAACGUAAUGCCACCAAAUAUGUAACAUUCUUCUUAGUACUUACGAAAGUGUUUCAAAAUGGCUCCUUUACUAUGCUUUUAUUGUAUUAUCAGACUUAAAGUUGGCAGGAGAGAUCCAAGCAGCCAAUGAUAGUUUAUAUCAGCCAGGCCAGUACAUGAAAGUUCAGUAAUGAAAAUACAGUCCACUUUCUCGGAUGAUAUUCACUGAACUGAAGUCUACAAACUCUUUCCUACUAAUUUACACCAAGAAUUUGAAUAAAAAUAUUUUUAUUACAUAAGACUAGAUUUGCUCGUGAUGACAAAACUUUUUGCCAGACAUGCUUUUGAUAUAUGUAAAUUACUGAUAUUAUUGAAUUGCAUGUUCUUGCAUACAAUUCUAAAGUGUAUGUUUGUAAACAAUAUUGCUUCCUAUUGUAAAUACAGGCAUUUACAACACUCUCUUCCCAUUGGAUUUUCAAUGAAAAAUACUGUACCUUGCUAAGAAGGAUAUGGCUCAUUGACAGGACAUGUAUUGUACAUAGCUAUACAUAUAUGUAUAUAAGGGUGUCAUCCUAUAGUGUUUAUGUGGUGUAGGAGGUUAUUCAAAUGUGGCAUUUCAUAAGUAGAUUAGACAGUGAAAAGACAAGCUCAUGUUUAGUAAAUGGGACCACAUGGUAAGCUGCAUUUGGGAGGAAUUCAGAGAUUUUGAGUAUAUAUAUUUUUUCAACUACUUAAGGAGAAAUGUAUUGCAAUUAUUGUGGUGAUGAAAAUUUACAUUUACUUGUCUGUUCUUAUAUGCAAGGUCCAUUUGUGGUUCAUUGCAGAUAAAUUGGAAUAAACAAGAAAAUGUAAAAAUGUAAAGUCAUAUUUUACAGUUAUGGAAGCUCAUGCAAUACAGAACAUUAGCAGUAUGCUAUAAAAUGCAGUAUUAGCCACAGAGAGGGUAAUGAUCUUAGAUGUAGAUGUUACUCACAUCUCUCAGCAAUAGCUGUUUUAAGAUUUGUUUUUCACCAAUGUGAGGCCUCAUUCAGAAGAACUUAAUCAAGAUGCUGUAGAACAGUGCUUUUUAUCCCACUAUCAAAAACUAGUGUGCAGUUUUUAUGAAGAUUUUUGGUUCAUUUAGGAUUGAAAAUGUUUCUUUUUAUAAUUUUACAGGUAUAUUUAAAAAUGAUACAAGAUUCAUUGCUAUCCCAGAUUAUUUCUGUUGUAUAACUUGGGUUGUAUCAAUUUCUGUAAGUCAUUGAAACAUUAUAGGAAAUUCUCUGCCUCAAAGAGAAAAUGGAAGAGCUUGAUUGUGCCAUAAAUAGAAUACAACUGUAUAGAACCUCCUAAUCAAACUCCACAGUGUAUAGAGGAAGGUAGAAAAAAAAAUUAUAUAUAUAUAUCUGUCAAGACUUGCAUUGAUGACUUUUAACUACAGUUUGUAACCCUCUACAGUGUUUUACUGCUCGGAUGAGAAAAUGUUAUAAAUAAUUUCAUAAUAUAUGGUGUGCUCUCAUUCUGCUCUUUCUUGAAAUAUGUGGUGUGAUGUCUAUCAUUUGUUUUCUCUGUAUGCAGGAACAAGCUAAGGCAAUGCAUCAAGAGUAUAUACAAAGGAAUUUAGUAAGAGAGCAUUAAAAAAAAAAAAGAAGAAAAAAAAAGAAAUCUCCUAAAUGCUUCCAAAAUGCGAUCCUUUUUGCAUGUUGAUAUUAGAUCACAAAAUCUGUCUACUUCCAUACAUCCAGCUUGCCUUCCAUAGAUCAGAUCCCACAAUUUGAAACACUUUCUUUUUUUGGCAGUUGUGGCUAGUGUAAUCCUCUCUUAACAUGAUGGAAAAGAACAUAUGAAAGGCCUACUGUAUUUUUACCAGCAUGUGGAUAUUUGGUAGUUUUACUACAUGUGCAAAGAUAGGAAACUGACACUUUUUACUAUCACUCUUUUGUGAACAUGUAGAAGGAAAUGGCUGUGGUAAUAAUCUGCAUAAUGAUACAUAAUGCAUGUUUUCGCCAUUUGUAUGUAUUGUCUAUUUCUUCAAGAUUUGCCACUUUUUUCAGUUAUAUCAUGUUGUAAGUGUAUAGUUAUCUAUAUUUGAUUAUAAUUGUUAUUAUGAAUUAAUGGAGAAAUUAUUCAGAGUUUAAUAUAUUAAGACAAAUGAUUUUGUUAAAUGAAAUGGGAUGUGCCAAAGUUGGAAAUAUUUUAAAUGCUAUCUAUAUUAUCAAUAGAAUGAAGGGGAUAAAAAUGCCCUGCCCGCUUGGAACUGCCGGAAGGAGAAUAAAAAAAAAGGAAUGCCGAGACACUGGUGUUGUUAGCAUAAAAGAUUUGUACGCUUUUAAUAAAUGACUGUAAUUUUUUUUUCUCUCUUUUUUGAGAACUCAGUUUCUGUUGCAUUGAAUCAGAAAUCCAUCCUUUUGCCCUUGAAUAAUGCCAAUUUUCAUAAUAUCAAAAGCUCAAGAAAUGCUUUUUUUUUUUUUUAGGUUGAGAAUGUAAUGGGAAACAUGACAGACAGAAUGUUUAUUGGCUUUACAGAGGAAACAUUUUGGUAUUUCUGUGCUCCAUAAUAAUAUCAAGAUAAUUGUAUUUCACAUUUCAGUUAUAUCUUCGAGUUGUAAGAUUUUAUUAUUUUGAUUUUGAUACACGACAGACAGUUAUUCUUUAAACAAGAUGAAUAAUUGACACAUAAAAUGAAGUUUUACGUUCUUCAAUUUAUUUGUGCAGGAUUUCAUAAAAAAAGAGGGAAAUGGCUAUUAUUACUAAUUUGUAUUCUUCAGUGAUUUGCAUAGUAAUAGCAUCAUGUCCAGCACCUAAAACUUGUGAUGUAACAUUUAAUGAUAGCCAUAUAUUAGUUAUUUUAUUAUUAUAUAUAUUUUGAUAUAAUUUCUGGGCAAGAAAAUUAUGUAAAAUUGAUGUAGUCAAUGUUGCUACUGUAAAUUUUUGUUAAGUGUUGUCUUCUUUUUUUUUCCUGUGUAACCAUACACACUUGCACAUGUACUCACACACACACACACACACACACACACACACACACACACACACACACACACACACACACACACACACACACACACACACACCCACAUACACACCCACAUACACACACACACACACACACACACACACACACACACACACACACACACACACACACACACACACACACACACACACACACACACACUUACCCAUGCUAUACUCAGAAACAGUGCAAAAAUAUACACUUAAACUGCAUGUGUAAAAUAAACAAAUAAUAAACAAUUUAUGUAGAGUGUACAUAGCAAAUCUGUUUUGUCUAUAAAAUGUUUAGUAUUUUAGGUGCUAUAAUUCUUUCUUCUUCUUUUUUUUUUGCAUUAAAAAAACAAAAGAAAAUAGAGAACACAUAAUGAUUUAUGAAACAUCAGUACAUCGUUGAAAAAUUAUAUGUAUGUGUAAAAGCUAAAAAAAUAUAAUUUCACAAUGACUA